GAUGUUCGGACCCGCCAGCUCCCCUAGCCGCUGAGUCCGGCGCCCGCGCCCAGCGCCCAGCACCCGCAGCCCGCCCAGGCGGAGUCAGCCCGCGCUCCGCCCGCCGCGCUCCGAGCUCGGAGGUCCGGACUCCGGGCUCGCCGCCUCCCGGGCCGGCUUCGCGCCCCUCACUCCUGCGCCCCGCGCCCCAGCGGGCGGAGCGCACCAUGCCGCAGCUGGACUCGGGCGGGGGCGGCGCAGGCGGUGGCGACGACCUCGGCGCGCCCGACGAGCUGCUGGCCUUCCAAGACGAGGGCGAGGAGCAGGACGACAAGAGCCGCGACAGCGCCGCGGGCCCCGAGCGCGACCUGGCCGAGCUCAAAUCGUCGCUAGUCAAUGAGUCCGAGGGCGCGGCGGGCGGCGCGGGGGUCCCAGGGGCUGGCGCCCGGGCCCGCGGCGAGGCUGAGGUCGGGGCCGAGGCUCUCGGGCGGGAACACACUUCGCAGAGACUUUUCCCUGACAAACUUACAGAAUCUCUGGAGGACGGCCUGAAGGCCCCGGAGUGCGCCAGCGGCAUGUACAAAGACACCGUCUACUCCGCCUUCAAUCUGCUCAUGCACUACCCACCCCCUUCGGGGGCCGGGCAGCACCCCCAGCCGCAACCCACGCUGCACAACAAGACCAGCCAGCCCACCCACGGUGUCCCCCAGCUCUCCCCUCUCUACGAACACUUCAGCAGCCCACACCCCACGCCUGCACCGGCUGACAUCAACCAGAAGCAAGUUCACAGGCCUCUGCAGACCUCUGACCUCUCUGGCUUCUACUCUCUGACCUCAGGCAGCAUGGGACAGCUCCCCCACACUGUGAGCUGGCCCAGCCCUCCUCUCUACCCCCUGUCCCCUUCCUGCGGAUAUAGACAGCACUUCCCUGCCCCCACUGCAGCCCCUGGCGCCCCCUACCCCAGGUUCACCCACCCAUCCCUGAUGCUAGGUUCUGGCGUACCUGGUCACCCAGCAGCCAUUCCCCACCCAGCCAUUGUGCCCGCCUCAGGGAAGCAGGAACUGCAGCCCUAUGAUCGCAGCCUGAAGACACAAGCAGAAUCCAAGGCAGAGAAGGAAACCAAGAAGCCAACCAUCAAGAAGCCACUCAACGCCUUUAUGCUGUACAUGAAGGAGAUGAGAGCCAAGGUCAUUGCAGAAUGCACACUCAAGGAGAGUGCUGCCAUCAACCAGAUCCUGGGCCGCAGGUGGCACGCACUGUCACGAGAAGAGCAGGCCAAGUAUUACGAGUUGGCCCGCAAGGAGAGGCAGUUGCACAUGCAGCUAUAUCCAGGCUGGUCAGCUCGGGACAACUACGGGAAGAAGAAGAGGCGGUCCAGGGAAAAGCAUCAAGAAUCCAACACAGAUAACUCUCUUCACUAUUCCUAGGAGGAAAAAGAAAUGCAUUCGGUACUUACCCGGAGAAGGCCGCUGCCCCAGCCCCGUUCCUUCCGAUGACAGUACUCUAGGCUGCUCCGGGUCCCCAGCCCCCCAGGAUUCACCCUCAUACCUCCUGCUGCCCCACUUCCCCACAGCACUACUUGCUAGCCCUGCGGAGCCAGCGCCUGCAUCACCAGGUCUCUCGGCGGCUCUCAGCCUCCCAGCCCCGUGGACCCCCACAGGCCCCCAGCAGUGCCCUGCAGAGUACACAGGGACAGCAACAGGAAUUUUGGAGACAGGCAGCCUAGCAUGCACAGGACACCUGGUCUCCAGGGACCCAGUCUUUGAGAAGCAGCAACAGAGCCCCAAAGCAUGUGGAAACCAGCCAGGGGCCCUGUUAAUUCCUGAGGGUCCGGGUGCUGAUUUCAGAGGCUGCACAACUUCUGCCUAAACCUGGGGCCAUCAAUUCAAACUGCUCCGAGUGGUGCAUCACAUCUGUGUUAUCAUUUGAUUAAGGGCAUUUCCUGUGCCUUGUGGCAGCUUGCAUCUGUUCUUUUUCCAUCCAUCUUGCUAGCCAGAUGCCCCAGCCGCUUUCCCUACCCUGCCUCUCUAGCCCACCUCCCUACUCCCUCCCCAUGCCGGGCACUUCAUGGACCAAGGAUGAGCUGGUUUACCAAACGUGAGCCUGGCACAACCACAAAGCUCAAGAUGACCAUGCUUUCUCUUAAGGGCCUAGAAAAGCCAUGUUUUACAGAAAACUAGCUGCCAUUUGAAUGCUGGACUGGAGAAAUCCUGCCACAUUCUCAGGAAGUUCAGUAAAUGGGAUGGAAUAGGUUAAGUUUAGGCCUAUCACCCUAGGCAACAGAAAAACCUGAUACUACCUUAAUCAGGUGUGUGGGUGGUGGGGAUUAUCUGGCUCUCUAGUUCAAAUUACUUGGAAAUGAUUCCUGAGAAACUCAAUCACCUAAGAAGCCCCGAUAGCAAAGCCCCAGACCUGUCACUAGUGACUGUAGUCAACAGUUCAAAGAAGUCAUGGCCCAAAAUCUGGUUUGCAUCCCUCCCCAUUCUGAGAGGCUUUUUCACAGAUCCAUUUCUAGCUUAUCCACCUCAGUCUAGCCAGCUUCUGGGCAGCGGUGAGAAGCCAAACGAAACCAGGCCAGCUUCAGUUUCCCGAUGGGGCACCAGGAAGGAGGACCAUUGCAGCCAAAGCAAGGAGCCCAGAAAACCUCCAGUGGUAGACUAGGCUCUCACCACAGCCUAAUUAACCCAAUUCUGAGCCAAGCUUCAAUCCUGAGCCUUAAAAACAAAAAAAAACAAAAAAAAAACCCACCUUUUUAAUUUAACUUGGGUUUUUGGUGCCUCCUCACUGUACAUAGCCUGAAUCCAAAGAAAAAGGGCUGUCCCUGUACCCACACACACCUCCCUCAACAAAAGCCUUUAGUUCCUACUUUAGCCACUGGCUUCUCUGAUUCCAAAGAUCAUAUAUUCUACUGUAGUGUUGCAGGAAGUCUUAAGAAAAAAAGGCCAUUGUAGUAUUAAAAAUAUUUUUGUAUUGUUAAAGCAUCAUCAUAGAAAAACUUUUUAAACAUGAGAAUAAAGAUACUUUUUACUGUUUUUUUUUUCCUCCCCUCCUCGAGGCUUGACCCUGAGAAAAGCUGUUUCAGGAACAGCAUGAUAUCCUUUUCAUCACAGCCAUGAAACUUGAGGUUGAUACGCUGCUAUGGUACAUGUUAAGACUUUCAACCUGCAGAAGCCAGGGACGACUCUCACCUCCCCUUAUAGGGCUUGGGCCCUGCUGAGCUCACGCUAGGCAUAAGCUCCCACUCCAAGCCUUGCCCUUACCCACCAAUCCUAACAACUGAUAUAGGCACAGACCAGCCUCUCCCUCCCAUUAGAAUGGGUUGGAAACUGCUACCCACAGACCCUAAGACAAUCCAACCAGAAACGGUUGCACCUAACCAACCACUUGGCUCCGUUUUGUCUGAGGGUUGAGAUUAGAUGACCCAUUCCGUAAGUGCAUAUCCUAUUAGGAAAGUAAGCAAGUCUUUUUGUAUACUGGUACAAAAUCCAAAAAGGUAUUUAGUUAGAACCCUUUCCUCCCAGAGACUAUUAAAGUGAUUCGAGUAUAUUCGUAUUUUUAUAUAAAACCUCUGAAUUCGAUAAACCUCCAACCUACUUUCCACUGCAUUAGAACCCACUGCUGAGGCCCAUCAUGAAUGUAGAAGGUGCCACAGGGCCACCUCAACAGGCCCACUAGCCACUAGAUGCACUUGAGAACUGUGUGCAACAAGCAGCCACUGGGCCGCCAUCGUGCAUUGUUAAUUUUCACUGACUUAUAUUUUUUAUGUUUAAAAAUAUUUAUAAAUAAAGUCAUCUUGCAGAGGAGUGUCUAUUUAAAGUAGGCCA